CUCACGACGGCUGCUAACGACCCGCCCUGGUGUUGCAGUUUCUUUCGCUCGAAACCGUUCUUCUUCUCAACCAUAUUCAUACCAGCGUGCUCGCUGUGAGGCUCUAUUCGCUGCGUCGCUCAGCUAGGCGCGCUCCCCAUUCGCAUGCCGGCCGCCUCUAGCCCAAUUGCAUGCCCUCAUCCACCCCGGCCAUAACACGCGGUCAUAUCAGAUCCUCGAAAACGACCGCGUCGUAAGAUCAGUCGGCCCACAUUGCGACCGCUUCUACUCUAGUCCAGGGUCGCAGCAGAGGGGUCGCGCCUGCGAGGCUGAAGAUUGUUGCCUUCUUCCCCGUCCCCCCCACACGCCGCCGGUUGCGCCUUGAGGCACCGUGAGAAUCACCACCAUGAACGGCUUUAAUGGCACGACCGACGCUGGCGGCAUGUACGUCAAGGCGCUAUACGACUACCAGGCCGACGACCGCACCAGUCUGAGCUUCCGGACGGGCGACAUAAUACAGGUCAUCACCCAGCUCGAGAGCGGCUGGUGGGACGGAGUCAUCCACGGGGUGCGCGGCUGGUUCCCGAGCAACUACUGCGCCGUUGUACAGCGCCCCAGCGAGGACAUUGAGAGCGACAGAGACGGCAUCGAUGCCGACGACGACCAUGAGACGAGGUCGGCAGGCGGCGCUGAAUUCGACACCUCAGACGGCGAGUCCCUGAGCGGUGGAAACGACACCAUACUGCCCCUCGAGCGCAACAAUGCACCGCACAACAAGGAAGAGGAAGCCGCCUUCUGGAUACCCCAGGCGACACCAGACGGCAUGCUCUUCUACUUCAACACCCUAACCGGCGUCAGCACAAUGGAGCUUCCUUUGGAAUCGCCCUCUGCCAACGAGAGCGGUCCGCGCAACCGUACUGAUGUCUUCGUGCCCGAUGCGUCGCGACCGCCAGCUGAGCUACUAGCAUCGGGCUCUGGCUACAACAUGGAGGACACAGAUGACGAAACGUCAGCGUCCGACUUGGAAGGCCCAGGAAAGAAGGGCUCCUACCGCUCGCGCCACAGGCACCGCUUGUCCGAUGGUCUCUCGUCGGCCACCUCGAUGGAGUCGAUGAACGGUGGCUACCAGGGCAGGUCCUACGAUCAAAGUGGUAUGAGCUUUGCAGCUUCUGCUGCCAUGCCUCCCACUGGCACCACGGCGACUUCCUUCGCAAACAGCCCAGCCCUAGGUAGCGCCUCGACGCAUUCGCGCAAGUUCUACGACGACGUCAGCCCUGUUCCUCUUACCUGGAACAGGAUGGUGGAGGACAUGCGACGCGCAAUAGAGCGCUACAAGCAAGCCAUCAACAACAGCGACAGGUCGGAAUUCGUGAAGCGCGCCGAGGACAUUUCGGAUCACUUGCGGCUGCUGCUCGCGGCUGGCUCGGGGACGACGGACAACCACUCUGGUAACCCCUCCAUCAUAUCUACAAACAAGGCCUUGUAUCCUCAUUUCCGCGAAACAAUGUCGCGAUUCUCAAAACUAGUGCUGUCUUCGCAUAUCGCUGCGUCUGACUUCCCUCCUCCCGAUUCCUACUCCAAGUGCCUGAAGGAAGCAGAAGGCGUUCUAAACGGUGUCUUUGGUUUUGUCGAGGUAGCACGUCAGCAGCGUGGAGAGGAAAUCCCGCGCCUUGUGCCUGGCUUUGUAGUGGGCAACAACACUGGAGGCAGCUGGCAAAACAACGGUACUGACUCGCGUGAUGCCAACACCUCAAUGUACUCUGACCAGGACGACUAUGAGCCUUCCAUCGAACCAACCCUUAAGCUUGACUCACGCAUACUGGAAAGACUGCAAGAUGUCAAGAGAUUAAUCGUUUCCAGUCUCCGGCGGUUGGAUGAGCAAUUAGUGCUUCGGGAUACAGUCAUUUCACAUCGGAAACACCAGGCGAUAGGCGACCACGUAUGCAGUGCUGCAGGAAAGGUUCUAGAGGCUUGUCGGCCCUGGAUAUCCACCAUCGAACAAAUCAACCUCGCGUCUCUGGACGCGGACGCCCAAGGGCAACAACUAAGCGAAUUCAGCGUCCAAAAACAGAAGGCCUACGAUGUCGUAUCUGAACUUGUGAUUGCAUGUCAAGGAGUAGCAGCACCACUGGGAGACGAGUGGGCUGAACUACGUGGAGAUUCACUUGAGGACCGUAUCAAUGCUGUGCGAGCGAUUGCCCGAGAUCUGGAAGCGACGUGCGUCCAACAAUACAACUUGUUGCAACAAUUGUCGGACACUGUCCCUCUCGCCGACAUCGUAAGCCGUACAGACCCAAGAAGAAAUACCGAUAGCGAGCUGCCAAACCACACCCGGGGCCCGUCCGGACCUGAGAGACCAUUACUUGGCAACAUCCCCAAGGCAGACACAUACAGUGCAGGCACACCUCUCGACGAAGGAAAGGUUGAGCCGGUCCGAUCUGCAAAUAGCAACAAGAAACUCAAAGACUUCUUUGGUGAAGUUCCAGUGAUCCCCCAACAGGCAAUUGAAGAAACACCAGAGUAUUUGAAGCUCGACCAUGAGGGCGAAAUAUCCUAUGAUCACAAGUCUACACCACCCCAACUUAAGGGUGGUACUCUGGCUGGUCUCGUUGAGCAACUGACACGUCAUGACCGCCUCGACCCAGCAUUCAACAACACCUUCUUACUCACGUACCGAUCGUUUACCACCGCUUCUGAGCUGUUCGAGAUGUUGGUCAAGCGAUGGAGUAUACAACCACCUCAUGGAUUGGCCAAGGAAGACUAUCAACACUGGGUAGACAAAAAGCAGAAGCCGAUUCGAUUCCGAGUUGUAAACAUUCUCAAGAGUUGGUUCGAUAACUACUGGAUGGAGGGCAACGAUGAGGAGGCACGGAUCCUCAUUCAACGGGUGUACAACUUUGCAAAGGACCACGUUGCGACCACUAGCACCCCAGGAGCGGCACCCCUGAUGACAUCUGUUGAGCAACGAUCUCGAGGGCCAGACAUGCCUACAAAACGCUUAGUUCUCACCUUGAGCGCUCAAACACCGCAGCCUAUUCUACCGAAACACAUGAAGAAGCUGAAGUUCUUGGACAUUGACGCAACGGAAUUCGCUCGACAACUCACUAUCAUCGAAUCUAGAUUGUACGGCAAGAUUCGUCCGACAGAGUGCUUGAACAAGACAUGGCAGAAGAAACUUGCUCCAGGCGAGCCUGACCCAGCCGCAAACGUCAAAGCGCUUAUUCUACACUCCAACCAGUUGACGAACUGGGUUGCACAGAUGAUUCUCACGCAGCAAGACGUCAAGCGCAGAGUUAUUGUCAUCAAGCACUUUGUCAAUGUGGCAGAUAAAUGUCGCCAAUUGAACAACUUCUCCACACUAACCUCUAUCAUCUCAGCACUAGGAACUGCACCCAUUCAUCGCUUGAACAGGACCUGGAGCGCUGUUAACCAACGCUCCAUGGCAACCUUGGAGAGCAUGCGUAAGCUCAUGGGUAGUACCAAAAACUUCGCAGAAUACCGAGACACGCUACAUCGGGCGAAUCCACCCUGUAUACCCUUCUUUGGUGUUUAUCUCACUGAUCUGACCUUUAUUGAAGAUGGUAUUCCCUCUCUGAUUAAACGUACAAACCUUAUCAACUUCGCAAAGCGCGCCAAGACAGCCGAAGUCAUUCGCGACAUCCAGCAAUAUCAGAACGUGCCCUACCCACUACAACCGGUUCCCGAGCUGCAAGACUACAUCCUCACCAACAUGCAGUCUGCAGGCGAUGUGCACGAGAUGUAUGAAAUGAGUUUAAGCGUCGAGCCAAGGGAACGCGAGGAUGAAAAGAUUGCAAGGCUUCUCUCCGAGAGUGGAUUCUUGUGAUGAGACUGUGACAAAUGACGAUGAUACCCCACACGAAACACUAGCAUUGUUGGCUCAAAGGAUUUUGGAGUACUUGAAUUAUUCAAGGGCGUUUGCUAUAUUGAUUUACCCUAACGAUGGAAUGAAAAGAGUUGGAUCUUCGUGGAACUUUGGUUUUUGCUCUCUUCGGUACUGGCGUAGAGCGCUUCGAGCGGAUGCGUAUAAUUUACCUCUCCGGUCUGCAGAACCGGUAAGCUCCGUCUUUCACGGCACAUUACGAUGGGCGAUUGCGGUUGGGAAAAUCUUUACUCGUUAUAGGCAGCGGAACGGCAUCUGUUGUCGAUGAUGUAUCCGCAGGUUUAUAGCAAUUCUACACCCUGUAGUGACAUGUCACUCCGUUUAAUCAAUCACUGUGGCGUU